GAUUGCCAAGAUCAGCCACUUGAAUCACAUGUUGUUCACACUGAGCCAUCUGAGUAUGUGUUUAAUGACCUGCAGCUACCAGCAGUUUCAACACUGGAAACUCCAAGCGAAAACUUUGUUGGAUGUGCAAUAAUUCCUAUCCCUGAUUCUGACCUUGAAACCUCUUUCAGUUCUGAAGAAACCAACAUAGAAAGCUGUUCACUAAUUUCUUCAGAAGAACAUAAUGAUGUUAGAAAGUUACUGAAACUGGAUGAUGUUGAUAGUGAUCAUGAUAGGCAAAGUGAAAAAUCUGAAACUGAUAGUUUAAAUGAUAUUUCUUUGAACACUUGGACAGACAGUGAUGUAGAAAGUGUUAAAACUGAUAGUUUAAAAGAUAUUUCUUUGAAUACUUGUACAGACAGUGAUGUAGAAAGUGUUAAAACUGAUAGUUUAAAUGACAUUUCUUCGAACACUUACACCGACACUGAUAUAGAAAGUGUUAGCUCUUGCACAAGUCUUGAUACUUCUUAUUCAAAAAAUGACUCUGAUGAAGACCUUGAUGUUGAGAACACACAAAGAAAUUCAGAUAUACAUGAAAAGGAAUACAAAUCACUAUCACUGCUCUCUUGCUUUUUGAGGAAUCAAUUUUCAGCAGAGAUGUGGUAGAAACACUGAAGACAACUUUUACCGAGUCGGAGGAAAUUUCUAAUUUGGACUUGGGGGAAAUGAUGUCUUCUAUUGAUACAACUCCAGUGCAUGAGAUACAUUAUUGUAUUAUCUGCAACAACGUUUUUCCCGAAGAUAGAAAUGUAUUUCGGUGCCAAACCAGAAACUGCAAUGGACUACGUUACAAAGGGACAUUGGCUGCACAGGAAAAAAAAUCACAACAACCAAGACAAUGUUUUGUGUUUGCUGAUGUAAAGAAGCAGUUGACUGAUCUUUUGCUAACACCUGGUAUCUGGGAAGAUAUUGAGAACACGAAGAGUAAAGCCUUUGAACGUCUGGAGUCGGGGUCUGGUAUACUGACUGACAUAUCCGAUGGAUCUGCCUAUCGUGCAAUGAUGAGAGAUGAAAGUUUUCUUGACAAAACAACACAUAAUUUGACAGCAGUAUUUAAUAUAGAUGGUGUUAACCUUUACUCUUCGUCAAGAGUGGGGCUAUGGCCGAUAAUUGUGGCUAUCAACAAAUUAAGUCCUGCAAAGCGCUUUUCUCGAGAGAACAUUCUUUUGGCAGGGAUUUGACAAGGAAAAGGAAAACCACCAUUUCAGGAAUAUUGCAAAGCUUUUAGUGAUUUCAUGAAUUCUCUAUACACUGAUGGGGUGCAAGUCCAGAUUUACCAGAAUAUCUACUGUGUGAAACUAGCAGUAGUCUGUGGAAUUGCCGACUUGCCAGCAAAAGCAGAGCUCUUAAACAUGACUUAUUUCAAUGGAUCACAUGCAUGCAUUACAUGUGAGGAAUCUGGAAUGAGCGUAAAACAAGGCAAAGGUAGUGCUCAAUGUUUCCCAUACAGAUUGCAAGGAACCAGAAGCAGAUCUCGAGACCAUGAGUCUGUCUUGCGACACAUGAGGUAAGGUAUGCCAAAAAAUCGUUCCAUGGGAUUCAAAGGAAUGUCUGGACUUGCCCACUUGCAAAGUUUUGAUCUUGUGUCUGGCACAGUCCCAGACUACAUGCAUGGAGUUCUCCUUGGCCUAACAAAGACCUUGAUGAAUAAAUGGUUUUCUUCAUCAGAGAGUAAAAAAAACUACUUCAUUGGAAAUCACCUGAAGGAAAUAUCUGGGAGAAUGAAGAAUAUCAAGCCUCCAGAUAGCAUAGAAAGACUGCCAAGAGACCUAGAAAAACAUUAUCAACAUUUCAAGGCCACUGAAUUACAGUCAUGGCUUCUUUACUAUGCCUUUCCCUGUGUAUCACCUUUUCUAAAAGAAGAAUACUUGGAAAAUCUGGCCUGUCUGUCUGAGGGAAUCCACAUCCUACUUGGAGACUGCAUUACUCAACAGUUACUUGAAAAAGCUUUCGAGCUCUUGGAUCAGUUUUAUGGAUCAUUCCAGCAAUUGUACGGAGAUGGAUCAUGUGGUCUUAAUGUACACAAUACAGGGAUGCAUUUGUACGAGUAUGUCAAGCUCUGGGGACCACUUUGGGCAUUCAGUUGUUUCCCAUUUGAAGAUGUGAAUGCAAUGCUCCUCCAAGCAGUUCAUGGAACUGGAAUAGUGUUAAAGCAAAUAAUGAAGUAUAGGCAAGCCCAAUCAUGUAUCAGGAGGAAAGGACUUGAACUCAAAAAGAAGAAAAGUUGGAAAAUAACACAAAAAGUCCUCAACUGUGAUGUGGCAGGAGCUGCAAAACCCUUAAAAGUUGAUGAACUCGAUAAUGAGGUGAAGGAACAGCUUCAAGACAUAAUUCAGGAGAACUUGCAUAGGUUGAAGAAAGUAGACAGGAUCGUGGUAAAUGAAAAGCGAUUUUACAGUGAACAAUACAGUCGAAUGCAAAAAAGAGUUUGUAGUGUUGUGAGUUAUGGUGAUGGUGAGAUUGGCUCAAUCAAAUGUUUCAUCAUGUGCAAUAACAUAGUGUACGCAGUCAUUGAAAAACUAAACAAAAUACCAACUUCACAGAUGCAAGCAAUCAGGGUAGCAAGCCAUUACAUCGCUGUUCGACAUACAGAAACCCUGGAGGUUAGAGACGUGGAAGAUCUUCAGGAUGUUUUGGUGUACCUGAACACAAAUAAUGAAAGAAAUGCGGUCCAUACAAUUUAUGUUGUUCACAUGCCCCAUGGUUAUGGACAUGCUGUUUUCAAGUGAUCAAAUGUGACCACAUACAAUAACACAUAGGAAAUCUGAACUAUGUAUUUCCUGAGUUUACGAAAGUUUCUAGACUUAAUGACAAUUUACUGAAAUACCAAGUUUAAUGUUUAAUUAAAUGCCUGUUUGUUUUCAUCAGACAAGAAUAUGUAUUAUUGCAUUCUUGUCUGGGCAAUUCUUCUCAAUUUUGUUUUCUUCAAUUUGCAAACACCAAUACAUCUGAGAGUAUAAUGAUGUGAUGAUUGAAAAGCUAUUCUUGGUGUCAUUUUU